CACAACUGUAUCCCUUUUCAAUGAAAAUUGCAAAGAAAACACAAAAAGAAGUUCGCCUUUUCCAGUCAAAACAAAGUUUUCUUGUGAAAAAGAAUUGAAAUUUGCAGACCAGUUUAGACACAAUGAUGAGUUAACCAUAUCAGUUGAACUUGAAAAUGGAGGAUACUAUGUAUAUGAGAACAGAGAUGACAGACACAGUUACAAAAAAUCUAAGAAGUGGCCUACGCACUCGGUUAAUCUGAAGGGAAUAAAAACAGUUGAAUCGUAUGCAUUUCACUGGGAUACAGAGCUACCAUACUAUCAUUGCAUCAAAUGGUUUUGUGCGUUUCUACCUCUCUAUGUACCUGAUACAUCAAAAUCUCGUUUUAUUGAUAUUUAUUGGUACGCUUGGUCAGAUGUUCUUUCUGGAGUAGAUUACUACGAAAUUGAAGUAUUUGAAUUGGAAACUGCUAAACAUGACUCUGAAGAAAUUGAAAUAAAAGAAAAUAUAGCACCAAUCCAGCAUAUAAAAGGCAUUACAAAUCCAGCGAUUUCAUUAGAAGUGACAAAGACAGGAAUUUAUGCCGUCCAUUUAAUUUGCUUUGACAUGGCUGGAAAUCAUAGGACUGCAAGAGCUUUUUUUCUCUAUGACAACAACGAUAUAAUCGAUCUUGGCAAAGGACAAAUAGAAGUGAAAUAUACACAACAUUACCUUGAAAGAAGAUGGAUAACUGAUUCCAGUCCUCUCAUUGAAGUAGCAUGGAAGGACAAAUUUAUAAAAACCGAUCAUGUAAAACACAAUUGGCUUGCGGCAGUUCAACCAUAUUCAAAUAUUGUGUCGACAUACGAUGACAGAAGUGGUAAACGCACCGCGAAAAGUGUUGAGAAUGUAAAAGGUAUUGUAAGGUUUGAAAUUGUCCAUGAUGUUUAUGGAACCGAGCUCAAGUCAAUUUCAACUUUUGUGCAAGUAUCAAAUGUGUAUGCAGAACUUGAUGUUCGAAAUGUAAUUUGGGAUGACGGGGACCAACUCAUUUCAACAAUAAGAGCAUUUGAUAUUCUGGAAAACUACAGAGAUGAGACGAUAAUCACUUACAAAGAUUCAACGCCACCAGUUAUUUCGAAUUUAUGGCUAACGAAGGGAGAUCGCAUUAAUACUGCCGUUCACAGCAUGAAAGAACUCAACGAAAUGACAAUUGAAUGGGAUGCAUAUGACUACCAUAGUGGAAUAAGUCAUUUAAAAUGGAGGUUAUAUAGUAACUACAGUGGAACUAAUAUCAUUCACGGAGAAAUUGACUUACCAGGCCAAGGCAAAACACAGACUUUUGCAGAAUGUGAGGAGAAGUACAAUACCAGUAGAGGACCGGCUUGUUACUGUACCAAGUUCACAGGUUGUUACCACAAACACUUCUUUCUCAAGCCACAUAUAGUAGUAGGCGAAGGCAAUGGGAUAGUCCAUAAUAGAUCUAUGGGAGAACACGAUUCGGAUUAUUUCAUUGAUGUAAAUGUGACAAAUAUGGCAACAUUAGUUUCAGUUAGGACUAUAAAAAUAACUCUUGAUAUAACCCCUCCAGAGGCUGGAUUUGUAAACGAUGGGGUGUAUGGUAGUCCAGAAGUCGAUUUCCAACAAGACCUGCGGCUUGAUGCUCAUUGGGAAGGAUUCUUUGACCACGAAAGUGGUGUUGCAUUCUAUCAGUAUGAAUUUUCAGAUGUCUGUCUUACUGAAGAACAUUUUCAACACAAAUCUUUGACGAACGAUAGAGUUAAUACAUUCGCAACGUAUGACGCACCAAGCCCUGGAACUUACUACGUCACAGUGGUUGCAUACAAUAAAGCCUUUCAUAUGUCUAAACCAGUUUGCUCAGAUGGUGUAACCAUUACAACCACAAUUCCUUCAGUUAAAAAUGUGAUUAUAAUGAAUGCAAGGACAAAACCACGUAUUGUUAGAGAAAGUAAUGGCCAAGAGUGGUAUAUAGAUAAAAACCUUAAGCGGCAUCAUUUGGGAAACAGUACAAGCAAAUGCAAAUUUUCAGAUCCGCUGACCGAAAAUAUUGAAGUAUUCCCUAUCUCCCAAUCACCAAUUAAUGCUGACAACGUUUGCAUGCAGACCAACUCGUAUUCUACCUUAGUUACUAGAGUUAUUCCUAAAAUACAUAUGUUGAACAUAACCUGGGCACCAGUUGAAGAUGCGUCACUUAUUGAUGAUUAUGAAGUUGGAUUUUCAAAAGUUUCGGGGAGCACUGCGCCUGAAUUAAUGGCAUUCCAGUCGUCUAAGCAUCAUACACACAUCUCAAUAAAUCACUUUGGAGUUCCAGAAGGGAUGUUGUUCUUUAUCAUUAUAAAGUCUAUAAGCAAAUCUAAUGUAAACGGUUUUCAGAGUGUUGGUCCAUUCAUACUUAACACAACACCUCCUCAGUUUGUGGGAACAUGUAUUGAUUUGUAUUUUUCUGGAAAUUACCUUGUGUCAAAUUGGUCCGCUGUGAGUUUUAUUGAUAGCGAUAGUCCGUUUUCGCUGGAAUAUGAAUUUGCUAUAGGGCACGAACCGUACUCUACAGAUAUACAGCAGUAUUCUUUGGUGACUGAAGAGGGUCCCUGCAUCCUUUCAUCGAAAUAUAUUUGUACUGCAACUAAUGUUUCUGAGCUAGACUGGAAAUUAAAUGGACAUCAUACGUACUACAUGACAAUCAAGGCAACAAAUCUUGCCGGUUUGUCUGUCAUGCAGACAUCUGUGCCCUACAGUCAUGAUAUAGUGUUGCCUAGAAAAGGUAUUGUUAUUGAUGUUCCAGGGAAUUCGUCAACAUUUACUCCAAUUAAGGACAUAGAGGAUAUUGACUUCACUGCCACAACAGACCAUCUAGCUGUUCGUUGGACAAAAUUUUAUCAUCCACAUUCGAAUUUAUCAUAUUAUGUCUGUGUAGGAACCGCUGCAGGCAUAUGUGAUGUUGCUGGAAAGAGGAAAAUUAAUGGCAAUAUUAAUUUUUACUUAGUCUCUGGACUUUCACUAUAUACAUUUCAACGAUACUACAGUACAGUUUUUGCUGAAACAUUGACGGGAUCAGCGUUCGUGUCCUCAGAUGGUGUUACUAUCGUGGAUCCAAAUUGGUCAUUGCCAGAUCUGAAAAUUCUUGAUGGAGAAAACUGCACAGGCAAGUCAUGCCUAUUAAAUUGUCUAUACAAUGUUAAAUAA